AUGUCGGGCUUCGCCGAAGCCAAGCGGGAUGAGACCCUCGCGGUCGAGGAUGGGAACCGAGAGAAGAGCAUGAGCCAACAUGCCGACAUUCUAGUCGACAAGGAACUCAUGACCGAUGCGCAAAAUGCGGAGAACCGUGAGCACGAGAUGACCCUUUGGGAGGCCGUCAAGGACCAUCCUAUGGCUUGUUUCUGGGCCUUCAUUUUCUGUUUUACAAUUGUGAUGGAGUCAUUCGAUAUGUUCUUGAACGGUAACUUUGUUGCUCUUACCGCGUUCAAGGAAAGGUACGGCGUUCACGUCGCAGGAGAAGCCACCAAGUCCAUUCCGACGAAAUGGCAGAGUUCGCUCUUCCAAGCUGGUCAAUGUGGAGCUUUUGUCGGUGUCUUCCUCGCUGGACCCAUUACCAACCGUCUCGGUUAUCGAUGGACCACCAUCUUGGCUCUGAUGCUUAUGAACGCAACAAUUUUCAUCUCUUUCUUCGCUGAUUCACUCGCUGUUCUUGUCAUUGGUCAAGCUUUUGAAGGUGUUCCCUGGGGCAUGUUCAUUGCCAAUUCCCCUGCUUACGCCAGUGAGGUCGUUCCUCUCGUCCUUCGUGGUGCCUGCACAGCCACUCUCCAGAUGUCAUGGUCAAUCGGUGGAAUCAUCGUUGCCGCCGCUACCCUUGGCUACAAUAAACGAAACGACCAGUGGGCCUGGCGUGGACCUCUUGCCCUACAAUGGGUUUUUCCUCUUCAGACACCGAUCAUGGUGCUUAUCUUUUUCGCACCUGAAAGCCCCUGGUGGCUGGUACGACGUGGGCGCAAAGAGGAAGCUCUAAAUUCCAUCAAGCGCCUCGGUCGUCGUAAUGGAACUCAGGCGGCUGCCGAAGAUACACUCGCCAUGAUGGAACGUACUGUUCAGAUUGAAGCGCAUAUGGGUGGUGAACCUCGCUUGAUCGACCUCUUUAAGGGCACUGAUCUCCGCCGAACGAUGAUCACUUGUUUGAUCUAUGCAUCGCAAAACUUUGCUGGUAACUUGAUCGCCAACCAGGCCACAUUUUUCUUCGAACAGGCUGGAAUGUCCACAGACUUCUCCUUCAAGCUGAACCUGAUCAACUCGUGCCUGCAGCUGAUUGCCAACAUGUGCUCCUGGCCGUUGAGCGGCUGGUUUGGCCGUCGAACCAUCUACCUGACAGGAACGGCCAUCAACGUCGCCCUCCUCUUCCUCCUCGGCAUUUGCGCCUCGAUCGAGCAGAACAAAGCUACCAACUAUGCCCAGGCCUGCCUAGGUGUGGUCAUCUCUUUCGUUUUUGCCGGAGCCAUGGGUCCCAUCUCAUACUCCAUCAUUGCGGAAACUUCGUCAAUCCGUCUCCGUGCCCUGAGCACGGGUGUUGGUCGAGCGGCCUACUACGUGGCGGAAAUUCCCAUGAUCUACCUCGCCUCGCGCAUGCUCAACCCGACCGGUUGGAACAUGGCCGGCAAGUGUGGAUACGUCUGGGGAGGUACUGCUUGCGUCUGUUUCGUCUCGGCCUACUUUGGUCUUCCUGAAUUCAAGGACCGCUCUUACCGUGAGCUCGACAUCUUGUUCAGCCGCAAGAUUUCCGCCCGGAAGUUCAAGUCGACCAUCAUCGACGUCAGAGAGAACGAGUAA